AGGAGGCUCGACCGUAAACCGACACUGCUGGGCUUUACUCUGUGGACACUUCUCUUCACUCAAACCAAGCGGACUGUGUGGAUUUAAACCUUAUUCUGGCUCUUUCUAACACUUUUAACAUACGGAUUGGACUUUUGAGCGGACUUUUGUAAAAGGCAGUGGACGCUGAAACGCAAUGACGAUGCAAGGAUAUGUUCUCUAAAUUCACACUGGAUGGGGUUUAAGAGUGAUUCGCCGCCACGGACAGAGAAUGGUGAAGGCAAGCGCCCUUUAAUCUCUAAAAGAUACUUCUGCGCUGCACUAAAAGUCCACUAACUGCAAAAGGACCACAGGGAGUAGGAGUAUCAAGACACCAUCACUCCCCCUUUGGCUCACUGGAAGAUGGGAGGCAACAAAUAAUAUCAGAGAGGAGACCAAGGAAUUUUCUAAACAGUCUGUGUACACUUGUCAUACACAACCAUGUGGACAUCUCCUGCAGCAGGCCCCUGUCUGCUGGCUGCUGCUGCUCUUCUGUCCAGUCUACUCUACUUUGUGACGGCCACUGAAGAUGAUGUCACGCCACGCAUCAGUUUCUCUUACAAUGCUAAGGAGAGGUUAACCAACAGAUUCUCAGCAGCCGGAGUCUUCAAUUACACCACACUGCUGCUGAGCCAGGAAGAUGACAUGCUGUAUGUCGGGGCCAGAGAGGCACUGUUUGCACUCAGCCUCUCCAAUAUCAGCAAGGCCAGUCUGCAGAAGAAUCUAACAUGGGGAACUCCCAUUGGAAAGAGAGAGGAGUGCAGCUUCAAAGGAAAGAGUUUACAGACCGAUUGUUUCAACUAUAUCAAAAUUCUGCUGAGGCUCAACAGCACUCAUCUCUAUGUGUGUGGCACCUACGCCUUUAGUCCCAUCUGCGCCUACAUUAACACAACAUCAUUCACAUUGGAGCGAGAUGACGUUGGGGAGGUCAUGACAGAGGAUGGGCGCAGUCGGUGCCCAUUUAAUCCAGAGUACAAAUCCACUGCCAUCAUUGUUGAUGGAGAACUGUACACAGGCACUGUCAGUAACUUCCAGGGGAACGAACCAGUCAUUUAUAAGAGUUUGGGCCAGACAGCAGCACUAAAGACAGAAAACUCUUUAAAAUGGCUACAAGAUCCAGUCUUUGUGGGCUCAGCAUACAUUGAGGAGAGUCAACCAAUAGGGAACCCAGUUGGAGACGAUGACAAGAUCUACUUUUUCUUCAGCGAGGCGGGAAAGGAAUUUGACUUCUUUGACAACACCAUUGUGUCGAGGAUCGCUCGCGUGUGUAAAGGUGAUAAAGGCGGAGAGCGUGUGCUUCAGAAGAAGUGGACCACCUUUCUAAAGGCACAGCUUCUGUGUUCUCUCCCUGACGAUGGAUUUCCCUUUAACAUCAUCCAAGACAUGUUUGUCCUCAAGCCCACAGGGGACAGCUGGGAGAGCACAGUCUUUUAUGGUGUCUUCACCUCUCAGUGGUACAAAGGAGCGUCGGGCAGUUCAGCAGUGUGUGCCUUUACAAUGGCCCAAGUGGAAAGAGCUUUCAGUGGACGCUACCGUGAGGUCAACAGGGAGACACAGCAGUGGUACACCUACAACCAUCCUGUGCCCGAACCUCGUCCUGGGGCUUGUGUAACCAACCAUGCCAGGCAAAUGGGCAUCCAGUCGUCCCUACACAUGCCAGACAAAGUACUUAACUUUGUCAAGGACCAUUUCCUUAUGGACAGUGUGAUCCGCAGUUCCCCUCUCCUGCUCAAACGCAAUGUUCGCUACACACAGAUUGCAGUGCACAAGAUCCAGGGCAUUGAAAGGGCCUAUGAUGUCCUCUUUAUUGGAACAGAUGAUGGGAAACUCCAUAAAGCCAUAAAUGCCAAUGAUAAGAUGCACAUCAUUGAAGAGAUGGUCCUGUUUCCUGAGCCUCAGCCUGUGCAGCAUAUUGAACUUGAUCCACAAAGGGGCCUUUUGUUUGUUUCGUCCCACUCUGGACUGGUGGAGGUUGCCGUGGCCAACUGCUCCAACUAUGUGAGCUGUGGAGAGUGUGUCCUGUCCAGAGACCCCUACUGCGCCUGGACAGGGAAGAUGUGUCGGGAUGUCAGGAUGGCACCACCAGAUAGCCAUUGGCAGCAAGAUGUGGAGGAGGCUGAUACUUCAGCCAUUUGUAACAGGACAUUCCCCAGUGCCAGAUCUGCCAGACCAGCAGCUUCUCGUGGUCGCUGCCAGUUUGUCACAAUCCCAGCCAACACAUUUCGAGUCCUGCCGUGUAAGCUGCGCUCCAAUUUGGCACGUAGGAAGUGGCAUUACAGUGACAGCGCCAGCCAGUCCCUGUAUGCAACCCCAGAAGGAAACCUAGUGGUGGUGGCACAAGUAGACAAGAUAGAGACGUAUGAAUGCUGGUCCGAGGAGGAGGGCUUUCGUCAGCUGUUGGCCAAUUACUGCGUGAGAGCCGAGCCACGUCAGGAGAGCACUACGCUGUUUGGACACUCAAGAACGCCUCAUGUGGAGCAGGAAAAAACAAUCAUCCUCCCUGGUCAAUCUCGCUCUGAGCAAGUGCACACCAAAACCUACUGGAAUGAACUCAUCGUGGUCUGUGCCCUGCUGGCCUUUUCCUUGGUGGUCUUCUCAUUGUUUGUCAUUUACAGAAACAGAGACCAUAUGAAGUCAAUGUUAAAGCAAGGAGAGUGCCCUAAUAUGCAGCAAAAGAAGCCCAGAAUAGUUGGAAAGCCCACUGAAAGCCUCCCGCUGAAUGGCAACACUAUUCCUGUAUCCACAUCUGAUCAUAAGGGCUACCAGACAUUGAACGACAACUAUAUCUGCAGCACACCCACACACGAGUCCUCGCCGGACAACAGCAAGAGCUUCUCGGAGGCGUCUGACAGAAGGCCGCUCAAUGCAAAAGAAAGCCAUGUUGAAUACUCCCCAACCUGCCCACGACCCAGAGUAAGGCUAGGCUCGGAGAUAAAAGACUCUAUUGUAUGAAAGAGCACAGUUUAUGUAAAAACGCCAGUCUUGUAUCUUUGCGGGGGAUACAGGCCAAAUGAGCAGGGAGAGGAAAAGCUGACAGCCUCCUACAUCACAGCAUAUGUUUUAUUUUAGCCAUCGUCAUUCUGUGAUAAUAGCGGAGGUCAUUUCAUUUAACCAUUUCCACUCCAAAGCCAGCGGAUGGUCCGGGUUAAUCUGGGACUGAGAAAAAAGGUGCAGCGCAGUUUGAGCCCGGGCCACAAGACGCCAUUGUCCUCAUGUCAUGGCCACUGGUGAAUGUACAAAUGGAGAGAGAGAUGGAUGAAACACAUCAUAGUAUCUUCUAAUGUCAUUAAAUUAUUCAACAUCAAUGAUCUCUAGAUCUUUUGAUUUGAAUUUUUAUUUCAAAAAUACACUACUGCACAUUAUCAGUAGAGCAUCUGUCUGCAUACAAGAGCUAUAUGUACAAGCAACAAGGUUCAGGGUUUGGAGUAAAAGAAAACCAUCUGUUCCAUCACAUUAAAGACUUUUGGAUGCACAUGUUAUUAAAUGAAAAGCAUGGAGAAAACGAUUUUCAAUUUCAGUGGGAGCAAAAAUUUAGGCGACUGGUACAUGUCAGUGACUGCUGGUCCAGAACUAAUUUAAGGACCAGCAGUCCUUUAUGGACAUGCACCUCCUCAAUGCAAGUGGCUGUUUUGAGGUCUGUCUAUUUCACAUGGAACAAUCGACCAGGAUGACUGAGAAAGAUAGACACUACUCUGGAUUCAAGUAAGUCUGGAAAAAUAAGGCUUUUUAUGUCUGUGACAGCGCCAAGGAUAAAGGGGACUCAUCUGUACCAUCAGGACAGCACUGAAUUCAUCCCGUGCCAAGUGCCAAAAAUACUCUUUGAUUGUCUUACCUAAAUGCAAUAGUGCCAUCCGUCCAGUACCAACCACAACCACAUCAUGCUUUUUGUUAGCAUUACUCAGUGUUGAAGAGCACAUAGCAAUGGAAACUUAAGUCUUAAGUUUCACUGACUAAUCACAGCACUAAUAAUAAGCAAAUGUGAAGUGCAUGGGGACUUCUCUAGACUGUUAGCUUUUAACACAAUAACAGACUCUGAUGGACAUACUGAAAUGGAAUAAGGGCCAAAAGAAAAUACUAUAUGAUCAUGUCAUAUGGUUGUCAGAUGACAAAUCUUUGACUUUUUAGUGUUAGUGAAUUAUGGGUACUUUUGAGCUCAACAAGCACUAACAAUAUGUCAUCUGUUUGCUGUUUAAUGCUUAAAAGCUCAAUGAAAGGGUGAUAGAAAAGAUGUAUUUCAACUGCCGCUGUGUUAACAAUUGAAUAAUAUUUUGUGGUCUCUUGUCCAGACUGCAGAUGCACUGUUAAUCAUGUAGAUGCACAGAGCUGUAUAUUUGGCUCAAUAUAAUCCCCCAGGUUACACUUCUGUAGAUGGCAUUCACUGUGCUCAAGUCAACACAUCAGCCUAAUGUGAAAGCACAAGUUAUCAGGGUGUCCGCAUUUGCACAUUUCAGCAAAAUGAAAUUCAAGCAACUACUGAGAGAACAAGCGUGUCUGGCUGCUACGCAAAUAAUUCCUUCAAAUCAAAAUUGUACAGGGACCAGUGCGGUCAGUCACAUACACACUGCACCCUAGACCUAAUACCUAGCAGAUAUUUCCAAAGACAUAAAAUAAGUCAGUAUUGUAAACAUAAUUCAAACUAUAUUUAGAUGCCUACAGAGACAUCAUGGCACAAUUCGCUGUACCUACCAUAAAACGGUAUCUAUAUAGUAUGCUGUACAGAAAGUUGCCAUUAAAACACCGCGCAGAUGACGACAUGCUAUGUAACUGCUACAAGAUGACCAAGUAAUUGCACAGCAUUCUCAGUGUGAUUUUCUAUCUUUUUGUUGUGUAAAUACAAUGUGGUUAUUAUUGUGUGUUUUAAGGGACCUUGUGCAAGACGUGUUGUAGAGAUACUUUUGAAACUAGAGUGAACACUGCUGAUACAUUUUUUUUUAUUUCUUCCAUAGUGCUUUAUUGCCUACUUCAACUUGCAUUUUCCCUCUUGCACAGCUCUGCACAUCUCCAAACACACUACAGUCAUACAUUGGACACAGCAUCUUAAAGCAGAACUUAACAUUAGUAGCAGUAAUUGCUCCCAUUUUGAAAACCAAUAAUAAAUCUUUGUCCAGUGAUUAGUUUGAAAUCCUUUUCUUUAUCUUAAAUAAUUUCCUGCCAUAGCAUGCAGUGAUUAGCAUAUUCAUUGGGUCUUUAGAUGUAUAUAUCAAAUCAAAUGCCUCAUUGUUCAUUACUUAUUUGGGACCAGCACAGACUCUAGGUUACAUAUAGGUUUGCAUAUUUUAAGUAUACAUAGUAUAUUAUACUAUAUUUUAAGGGUGCUUUGUGUUUUCUAAAGCUAACUCGCUUAUUUAAAUGAAUGUUAUUCUAAGGGUGCAUUCACUCUUGCCAUUAUUUGGUUAUUUAAGUCCUGAUUUGGGCUUGGUUUUGUCCUGUUCUAAACUUUGUUUAGAACCGGUUUAGUUCAGGUCUAGUUUCGGGUUUUGGAUUAGUCACAACUUUAAUGCAAAUGCAGUUUUAAUCUUUCCUGUGUCACAAAUGAAACCGAUCUUGUCUUAUUUACAAUAUGAAACAUAAAUACAACUCAAUGUCCUGCUUUAGUAAUGACCUUGAAAAGCAUUUGAAUUUUCCAAACACCUUUUCGAAAAAACUGUUGUUCUGCCUUAAGGUGUGCGCCACAUGUCCACUUUUCCACCGCAUAGACCUUUCCAACAUACACAUACACAGUGAUUGUAGGCCUCCAGGGGCCAAACCUAUAAGCCCAAAACAUAACACAAGACGGGUCAACAGAUGUACAGCCUCACCCAUAACUGUGCAGACCGGGAGCUGCCUCUUCUUUUUCUGCUUUUGAACAACAUAGGACAAAAACCUGUGAGGCUUCAGUAUUAGCAACAACUGAUGGUGCAUUCAAAAGCAGACAUAUACUACCUUUGGACCUUAAUAGUGAAAAAAUACCAAAAGGUAAAUAUUGUUAUAUAAUAGAUAGUGUUAUUUAUUAAUGACAUGCUUUUAUUAUUUAAGAAAGCAAACAAUGAUAUUACAAGAUGCUUUAUUUUGAGUGGCUCCUCAGUAAAGCUCUAAACGUGAAUGUAAUCAACUACGGUAUGCACACACUGGCCACUUAAUUAGGGACACUUUGGUUAUGCAGGGUUGGACUGUUCCUCUCAUCACUGUUUGAGUUCCUAUAUUGUCUUAUUAAUCUCAGAACAACCAUUGUUCUUUGAUUUUAGACACCAAUUGCCCAGCUUUGUAUAAUUGUUUUUCUCUUUUUGGAACCUAUCAUUAAAAUUUAUACAGAUUAGAUUAGAAAUGUUGAUGUCAGAAUUGGUGUAACGUCUAAUUCCCCCUUUUUGUCCAACCUAAGCUAUUUUUUAAAUGAACUGGGUAUACCUAAUACAAUGGCCAGUGAUUGUGCAGCAACGUUUCAUCUUCCUACAGUGGUUCAAGUAGGCAAAUCAUGCUUUGACGUCAUGUAUAAUUUUAAUUUAAUUACAAAAAUGCAGACCAAAAAACAAAAAUCAAUCCCAUACUUGAGUUGUACAGAACAACAGUCAGAUAAGUACAACCCCUGAACCAACCGCUUUGCCUCAGAAAACACCAUAAGCUUACUGUUGACUGAAACUAGACAAAUGUGGUCUUGCCUGCAUGAUUUUUCUUUCAUUUGUGUACAAAUAACAUUGUGAACUGUAUUUUUUGUAUCAUUGAGGUUGUGACUGUUGUUUUUAUUAUAAUGUACAUAAAAAGCACUUUAUUUUAAUUUUUUUAAAAUAAAUGAAUUAUGAAAUACA